AUGCAUAACUUCCUCACGUUGAGCUCUUUGGGUGAGCAAAAAUGGCUCGAAUCGUCAAAGAAUAUCCUCCUUGGAUUUCAUAUGAAUUGGGUGUUGUUUCGCUAUCGCAAGGCAACAGGACAGACGAUCUCUGUAUAUCCUUUCGAACAUGGAACAGGAGGAUUAAAUGUGCUUAAAGAGAAGAUUGCAGUAAAUGAAAUUCAGUUUGCCAUGUUAUUAUACGAGCGUCAUUUGAUUACACUCGUUUAUGUUCCUAGACAUGUCAGUGACACGCAAAAAGCCCAAGCUGCUGUCCACGGCCACACACUAUCCCAGAUUCCUGCAGCAAAGGGGCUUUUACUGACAAUCAAUCAGACAAAUGAACUAUCAGAGCCAAAACUUAGACUGUAUAUUAAGCGCAACAGUCCCUCUGAACUAAUGUCCCCAUCCUCGUCCAUCUCCUCGGUCUCACUUCCACGUACACCACCACUAUCUCCACACCUCAAUGCCACCGUAAAGUCUCAUUCUUUCAAUAAUCUUCAGGAUUUCCAAAAACGGCCACUGUCAAAGCGAGCCGUGGGAAAUAGCCAUUUCUCUGCAUCACUUCUUAACCCAAAGAAGGAAGUUGGUAUAAUGGGCCGAAAAGAUCUUAAACAAGUAUCCUCAAAAGUCCAGACAAAACCUUUGAGUAACAGCCGCAUGGCUCCAAAGCCAAAGACUCAUCAAAUACAACAAAAAGAGAAAACGAAACCUCAGCCAGAGCCAGAGCCAAUCGAAAUAGAACCCACGCCAGAGGUUGAAGAGCCAGUCAAACAAGAGGAGAGCGAAAUAGAAAAGGUUGCUUUCUCUGGAGAAUUGACGGUACUCACAGAAGAUAGCAGGCUGUGGAGAAGACGAUACUUUGAAAUUACGAACAAGAGGUUCUUAUUGUUUCCAGAAUGGCAGGGAACGACACCUUGCUCCGUGUUUGACCUGGAUAGGAUAACACAAUGUACUACAGACUUUGAGGAACGACUGAUGCCCUAUUCAUUUGAGGUCUGUGCUGACAACCAAGUUCUCCAGGUGUAUGCAGACAAUAAUGAAUUCGCAGUUAAAAUAAUGGCGGCGUUGAUCAAAACUAGUAGAAAUAAUAGUGGUUUAGCUUAA